AUGGCUUUUUUGGAAGAUCCUCGGCCUAAUACAGCAAUCGAUAGUGAAAUGGAAUACAAUCCAACAAACAAUAUUCGGCCAUAUCAGUUUGAGCCCGAAUGGCCGGCUGAUGAACACGAAGAAGCUCACCAGUUUGAGGACAACGAAAAACAGGAAUUUGUGUAUAUUGAGGAUGAGCCUCGGCACGAAAAUCUUGAAUGGUGUCAAUGUGGUAACUGCCAAAUAAUGGAUAAUAACGAGGAAUGUUUAUGCUGCAAAGAGAUUUCCAAUAUUUGUGACAAAAAUGUAGAGGCAGUAGAAACGAAUGAGACCACCGAAGUCCCUUUGUGCAUUACACAACAUCCUGGUUUUGAGCCUGUUUGUCUUAACAGGCAGUUGGCAAGAUGGUGCUGGGGUAUCUUGGGUAGAGAAGUAAGAGUUGUCUUGCCAUCAUGUGCAGUUACUUCCAUUAGAGAAACAUUUCCUCCACCUGGCCCUGCUGAGGAAUUUCAAUUUGAAGGCUUCCACUAUGCUGAUGAAUGA